ACGUUCGUUCGCGCAAGUGCAAUUCGCGGUGGGAGAUCUCUUGUAUCAUCUGGGGGGUUUAAAGUAGUGGGGAAUCUUUGAAAGAGCGGAUUAAACGCGAAGCAGCUAUCACCGCGUAUAUACCAGUACUAUUGGCAUGUUCCGACAAAUACGCGUUUUGAGCUCAUAUGAGCAUUAUAUAUUAAUUAAACGUUUUAUUUGCGAUGAUUUGCGAGUGUACCGCCAGAGCACGCGAUUAACUAAAUGGCUUACAUAACUUGCGCGGUAACAUUAAUUAUUUCGAAUAAACCGCAUACAUUUUAUUUUUCAUAUCGUGAAUAUUAUUUUAAUAAAUCCGAAUUAGUGACAAUCUUUAAUAACUACGUGAAUACGAUUAGUGAAAGUCACCCUUAUUGGAGCACUCUUUCGUUUCUUCUCAUGAAUACGAAAUAGAGUUGCCGGUUCUUGGCUCGCUCAAUUGGCACUUAUGUGUUUUUUAAUGUUUUGUUAAAAUCGACAAUAAAAACCAUGUGCAGUGCUGAAUAAUAAUUAAAUAUCAAAGUUAUUUCUAAAAGUAAUUCAACAAGAACGAAUUUUAAAUAAUUAAAAUGUGUUGCAUAUGAAUUUAAACGUGGCGGUGACCUAGAAACAAUUCAAAGUAGUAACUUUAUCAUUGGAGUAGACAAAUCUCGCAACGGUGCCAAGAAAAAACCAAGUGGGGGAUUAAGAAAUGCGAUCAUUGUUCGUUCAGAUUGUUGUGUGACAAUGAGUUACGUUUGGACUAUGAAAUUCGACUUAUGAAAUUCGCGCCACGAAACAAAAUUUCUUUUUGAAUUAUCAUGAAUAUAUUUAUUUUGUAUUUCAACAAAUUAUAUAUAUUAUUCUAUAAAAUUUCUAAAGUUUCAAUUAAAAUGAAAAAAAAAAUUGAAAAAAGAAUUUGAUAAUAUAACAAAAAUAACAAAAAUACGAAAAAUAACAAAGAGAAAAUCACAUGCGGUAACGAUUGUUAUCGGCAAUAAUAGACAAGAGUCGUUAUUGAAUUAUUUGGUGAAAUUUCUUUUCUGCGAUUGUUCUAGUUCGUGCUCAAAGACGUGCCAAUGGUUAAGCAUUCCAUCUAUAAAACGCGUAGUUCACGUUUGCUGUGGAGUUGACGCACUGCCCGCGAUCGUUGCAUGAUAUCUCAUGUUUUUUGGAACACGCGGUCGUGUAUGUGUUCCAGUCUCGCGUCUCGUGCACGAAUUUUACGGUGACCUUUAACGGACAUAUAUUGAAUCAAGCGUGUGCCGAAAGUGCGGUGAAGUAAAAACGAAGUGUUGUGGCUUAUCACACGUGAAGAUGGAGGAUACAGAAGCCAAAAUCAUACCGGGAAUCAGCAUGUCCGUACUCAUACUCAUGAGCACGCUGUUUCUUGGCGGUGUGGUCCUUGUAGUCGGUUACAUUGUUAGCCGGUUGUCACAGUCCAAUAAAUCUUCAGAUUCAACGAAAAAUGUCACAGAAUCGGAUAAAGUGAAGUUCGAAGAACCAAGAGAUUCGACGAGCGGAUCGAUUGGGGCGGCCGGCGGUAGCAACAAACGUGCUAAAAACAAGAAGAGACGCGAAACGCAACAAGAGUUCACGCAUUCUUGGGUGGUUGGCGCGCUGAAGGGACACACGGGCCCUGUCCUCGACAUGAAUUUUUCCAGUAAUGGAAAAUUCAUUGCAUCUUGUGCUGAAGAUAGGACUGUUCUCUUAUGGUAUACAAAAGAAUUGACAAUAAAAGAAAAAAGAUCGCUUCGUGUUAAUGUUGAAUUUGAUCAUGCCACAUUAGUACGUUGGUCUCCUGACGGUAAAGCUUUUCUUAUACAUAAGGCUGUAGCAAAUACUAUUGAAGUUUAUAAAAUUUCCAAAAAAUCAGAUGGUACUUUAGCUUCUGCAGCUAAAGCUCUAGAAUUUUCAAAGCGACAUACUGAAGAUGUAGUUGGCAUGGAUAUUGCAUGUACAGGAAAAUAUAUUAUUACAUGCAGUAAAUUAAAUGAUCUUAUAGUAUGGGAUCUUAAAGGACAGAUUCUUACAACUAUAGAAUUACAUCUUGGAUCAACAUAUAGAGCUCGAAUAUCACCUUGUGGACGUUUCAUUGGCACAUCUGGAUUUACUCCCGACGUGAAUAUAUGGGAAGUAGUAUUUAGUAAAUCAGGAGAAUUUAAACAAGUAGCAAAGGCAUUUGAUCUUGCUGGUCAUUCAUCUGGAAUACUUGAUUUUACAUUUAGUGCUGAUAGUAGUAGUAUGGCAACUGUAUCAAAAGAUGGAACUUAUCGUUUAUAUGAUACAAAAAUUGAAUUUGAAAAAGGAGAAGAUCCUCAUGUACUUCAAACUGUACAAUGGGAAAAUACAACAAUAGCUAAUAUUAUGCUCUCUCCUAACACUGAAGUUUUGGUGAUAUCUCAUGGAUCUUCAUUAAGUUUUUACUCUACAAUUACUGGUUUGUUAGAUACUACAAUAGAAGAUAUUUUUUUAGGACCUAUUACAUGCCUAGCUUUUGAUACUGUAGGAGAAUAUAUCUUGGUUGCUGGAGAUAGACAUAUAAAGGUUUUUCGCAACGUUACUGGUUAUCGAGUGGCAAUUGAAUCUGCCAGACGCAAACUUAUGCAAAAGCAAACUUCGGCUACAAAAGAACGUUUAGAAAAACUCAUUGAAGAUAAUAGAAAAUUUCUUCAAAUAAUGGGAGAAAAGUGUCCUUAAUGAAAUAAUUGUAAAGUUUUUUUGAAGGCCAAUAAUUUUAAAAUUGCAUUUAAAAAAGAUUGUUUGUAACAUAAUUUUUUA